ACUUUUUCCUUUUUGUCAGAUCUAUUUCGCAAUAAAACGUGAAAGUUGCAACCCUAUUGAAAACUGAUUCUAGCUUCCACAUUAAUUGGCCUACUGGUCCUUUGAGAGCCCAAAACUAGACAUAAUAAGCCCACUUGAAACUGAUUUUAGCUUCCACAUUAAUAUGCCUUAAUGGUCCUUAGGAUAUUAUUAUUCAUACACAUAUAAUUGUAAGAUAUGGUUAAAUUUUUUAUCUAAACAAUGUUAAAAUAAAACAAAGAAAAUGCAACAGAGAUAAAUGUGAAAUAAUCUAAAAAAUUAUAGAAAAUUACUUCAAUAGAAAAGGAAGUUAUGUAAAAUUAAGUGCAUCUGCCACCUGUUAUCAUUAACUUAUUUAUACCAAAAAGAAAAGAAAAGGAAAAGCUCUAAAGCUUGACCCGCAAGUCACUUUUGUGUUGUAGCUAGCUAUAUAAGGGCAGUUAGACCUUGGGGCUUGGGUGAUCUACUCCUCUGCUCUCAUCGUCAUCUUCUUCACUUUCUUUCAACUCUCUACAGUUUCUCUUCGUCUUCGUUCUCUGCUCCUCCAUCGAUGGCGAAUAAUCAUCAUCCCAAGGAUGAGGCUUAUCUCUCAUCCGUCAUCCCCAAGCGUAUCAGGAUCUUCGAGGAAAUCCAAGCCGAACAACUUGAGCAGCUUCAAUCUCGGCCACACGAUCCGAUCAAGAUCACUCUUCUCCCAGACGGUAUCGUGAAAGAGGGGAAGAGAUGGGAGACAACUCCAAUGGAUAUCGCAGUGCAGAUUUCUAAGGGUUUCGCCAAAUCUGCUCUGGUUUCUUCGGUUGAUCAUGUCCUGUGGGACAUGAAUAGGCCCCUGGAAGGUGAUUGUUCGCUAGAGAUUUUCGGAUUUGACAGCGACCAAGGCCGUGAUACUUUCUGGCAUUCUAGUGCUCUCAUUCUAGGUCACGCUCUCGAGCAGGAGUAUGGAUGCAAGCUAUGCAUUGGACCCUGCAAAACCAUAGAUGAGGGCUUCUUUUGCGAUGCAUUUUAUCACGGCGAGCUGGGCUUAAACGACAAUCAUUUUCCAAACAUCGAAGCAGGUGUUUCGAAAGCUGUUCAGGAAAGACAACCAUUUGAAAGGAUUCAAGUGACCAAGGAUCAGGCACUCGAGAUGUUUUCUGAUAAUAAAUUUAAGGUUGAAAUCGUCAAUGACGACUUGGCUGAAGAAGCGACCAUUACAGUCUACAGAUGUGGCCCCUUGGUUGAUUUGUGUCCCGGACCACAUAUACCAAAUACUUCCUUUGUGAAAGCUUUCAAAUGUUUGAAGGCGUCAGCCUCUUACUGGAGAGGUAACAGCUACCGCGAGAGCUUGCAGAGAGUUUAUGGGAUAUCUUAUCCGGAUAAUAAGCAACUCAAGGACUAUCUUAAGUCUAUAGAAGAAGCAAAGAAAUAUGACCACAGAUUGUUGGGCAAACAGCAGGGUCUAAUCUUUUGUCACGAAUUCAGCCCUGGCAGUUGGUUCUUCCACGAACAUGGAGCUAUCGUAUAUAACAAGUUGAUGGAAUUAAUUAAGAAGGAAUAUAAGAAAAGGGGUUACAAAGAGGUCAUGACACCAAAUAUGUACAACAUGAAACUCUGGGCGACAUCAGGACAUGCUCAAAACUACAAGAAAAACAUGUUUACGUUCGAUAUUGAUGAACAAGAAUUCGGGCUCAAACCUAUGAAUUGCCCCGGUCACUGCUUGGUCUUCCAAGACAAAGUUCGCUCAUAUAAAGAAUUGCCCAUUAGAAUGGCUGAUUUUGGAGUGUUACAUCGAAAUGAGGAAAGUGGAGCACUUAGUGGAAUGACCCGUGUCCGACGGUUCGUACAGGAUGAUGCACACAUAUUCUGUAGAGUGGAUCAGGUUGGAGAAGAAGUGAAGGGUGUGUUGGAUUUCAUUGACUAUGUUUACAAAAUAUUUGGGUUUACCUAUGAGCUAAAGCUUUCAACGAGGCCAGAGAAGAAGUACAUUGGAGAUUUGGAAACAUGGGAUAAAGCUGAAAAGGAUCUUGAAAAAGCGCUAGAUAAUUUUGGAAAGCCAUGGGUUAUAAACAAAGGAGACGGUGCAUUUUAUGGCCCAAAGAUAGACAUAACAGUGUCGGAUGCAAUGAAAAGGAAAUUCCAGUGUGCUACUUUACAGCUUGAUUUUCAACUUCCGGCUUGCUUCAAACUGAAAUACAUAACUAAAAAAAACGAAAAGGAGAGACCUGUGAUGAUACAUAGAGCGGUGUUGGGAUCUAUUGAGCGUAUGUUUGCCAUAUUGUUGGAGCAUUACAAAGGAAUCUGGCCUUUCUGGCUUAGUCCCCGCCAGGCCAUAGUUUGCUCUCUUUCAGAGGAUUAUAGUUCCUAUGCAAAACAGGUACAAAAACAGAUUCAAGAAGCUGGGUACUAUGUUGAUAUUGAUGAAAGUGACAGAAGCAUCUGUAAAAAGGUGGCAGAUGCUCGGGCUGCACCAUACAACUACAUACUGGUCGUAGGUCAAAAAGAGGCUACAACGGGACAGGUGACAGUUCGGCUCAGAGAGGACCCUGCAGGCCGUAAAGACUUGCCAGAGAUGAGCAUCGACAGUUUGCUGGAUGAAUUCAAGUUCAAGACAGUCAACUUUCUCUGAGAUCCGAUCUGUUUAUGGGUUAAAAAUUCAUUUUCCUGUUGAUGAUGAAUGUAUUUCUUUUAUAAUAUAAGUCUUUUUCGUUGUACCAAGACAUAUUUUGGAAUAAAAGGUACUGUUGAAAUAUAA